AUGUGCACAAUACCACCACCUCCCCCGCCACCAUCAUUGCCAGGCAUCGAUUCACCUGCUAAGACGCUCAAAAAGACUAAUGACAUUAAUAUUGACCCUGAUAUCCUUCUUUGGGCAUCUGAACAUCCUGAAUUAAAGGAUGCAUGCGUUAAGAAUGGCAUGUGCUUAUAUAAACCACCCUUUAAAUACAAGUAUAAGUAUUUUCAAUCAAGAAUGCAAAUUGGUCCAACCUGUGGCCUAGUGGCUAUGUCUAUGUUGGUUAACGGAGAAGCAACACCAGAUGAGUUAUUAAGCAUAGCUAAAUUAGAAGGUUAUACAAAUAAUGGUGAAAUGUUUAGUUGCAAACAAAUGGUCAAACUGGUUGAAAAAGUCCACAGCUUAACAGAAAUAGGCAAUAUUAGAUGUAUGUUGCAACAAGGAGGCUUGUUUAGCUCUGAAAUAAUUGAAAGACUCUUAAAUGGUGCUAUACUACUAGUUCCUUAUGAUGCUGACUGUAACCACGCCCCAUGUCUCCGGACUGGUCAUACAGCUCACUGGACCUUAGUCUGUGGUGUAAUUGUGGUAGAGGAGACUGCUAACUAUGAAGAUGAUCCGAAGAAUGUCUAUGUACUGUGUAAACAUGGAAAGUCAAGAUAUUUAGCAAUAUGGAAUCUAUUUGAUCUUGCAAAAAGUAACAAUAAUUUAUGGGAGUUUUCUCCAAAAAAAGGUGCUGAUGGGCUAGUAUAUAUCUUGCCAGAGGGAGGUAUUGGUGGCGAGAAUGGGUUGCGAGAUCAAUUUUUAAUAUUUGAGAAUAUUGAAGGAAUGCGUUUUUAA